AUGCUGCAGAGCCCGCCGCGCCCCCGGCCCGGCCCGCCGCCCUCCAAGACCCCCUUCCACAUCGAAGCGCUCCUCGCCCGGGACCCGCCGCGCCGCGGCCCCGCCGCCUCCAUCACCUCCUGCCCGUCCAUCACCUCCAGCCCGUCCAUCACCUCCAGCCCGUCCAUCCCCUCCGGCCCGUCCAUCCCGCCGCCCCCGCGCUGGCCCGCGGCGGGACCCGCUCCGGGAGCGGGAGCAGGAGCCGGUCCGGGAGCUUGGCUGGGGCCGCUGCCUGGCGGGUGGGGCUGGGGCUGGGGCUGGGGAGGUGCAGGUGCUGGUCUGGAGUUGUCUCACUGUGUUGGGACCAACUCUCUGGGUCCUGUUGGGCCUUGGAGGUCGGGGGGGCCCUGCAAGAUGAAGAGGGUCCGCACUGUCUUCAAACCAGAGCAGCUGGAGCGGCUGGAGCAGGAAUUCCUCAAGCAGCAGUACAUGGUGGGCACGGAGCGAGUGGACCUGGCUGCGACUCUGCACCUCACGGAGACUCAGGUGAAAGUCUGGUUCCAGAACCGGAGGAUCAAGUGGAGGAAGCAGAGCAUGGAGCAGAAGGCGGCAAAGCUGUCCCAGUUUGGGGUGAUCCAGCCUGCGACCGCCGACUCCACGGACAUCAAGGACCACAAGGAGGACACGGCGGAUGUGGAGCUUUGAGCAGCUGAGACUGAGCUGCCACUGCUGGUUUUUGAUGCCUGGG